AUGAACCCUUCCACCUUUUCCCAAACCUACGAGUGCACCUUUUCUCAAGUCGGAGGGGAAUGGUGUUUCAUCCCGUACAACACGAUAAUUGAACAAAUCAAAAAGGAGGUUUCAAAGUACUCAACCCCGAAGCAGGCACAACUGAAGACGUCGUUUCAGGGCUUUUACCCAAAGCACCUUUCAUCCCAGCCACUUGAGUUCCAGUUGCACAUAGCUUACCAGAUCCUUCGCAACAACGCGAAUUUCAAGAUCAUCGCCAUUUUGAUCAUCCUGAAAAACAUCGACCGGAUCAAUGAGAGGCAUUUGGAAGACAUCGGGACGAUUCUCGACAAAUUUCAACUUGACCACGCGUUGGUCGAGUGCAUAGCAACAAAGUUGUUGUACGAAUUGAUUGUGAAGAAGCCAGCUGUCUUUUUAGCGCCAUUGAUGAAUUGGAGAAAUAAGAAUACACAAUUUGGUCGGAUGAGAGCGUGCUGCGCGACAUUCACCAGACUAAAAAAAGAGAACAAAGGCGAUCAGAUCUGGGAUGUGUGCGACGUCUGUGUUCGAAACCCUGAGAGGUUCGUGCAACUUGGCGUCGGGUGUUCGAUGAAGGACUUGUGCUCUGUCGACGAAGAGAGGGUCAUUGAUUUCGUUCGAAAACACAUUCAGUUCCUCUCGCGUGACGGGUUCAAGUAUUCCAUUGAAAAGAUCAAAGACGCUUCGGUCAAGAAGGAGCUUCUCGGGCUCAGUCGUAAUAAAGUCGACUUCGUUGGAGCAAGCGCAAAACAGUCCGAGGAAGAGUUCAUAUCAAGCUAA